GUAUGCAUCCUGAGAACAGGAGUUGAAUUAGUUCUCAAAAAUGGGAAGAACCUACAUUGUAGAAGAGAGUGUUGGCCAAUAUCUUUCAAACAUCAGUCUCCAAGGAAAAGCUUUUGUCUCUGGUCUUUUGAUGGGACAGAACACCACCCAAAGAAGAGCAAAAUGAGAACCUCAAACAUCCCAAAGCUAAGUUGGAUAAUUUGGAUGAAUAAUGGGCCACAGAACAUGCCAAUCAGGUAUCCAGAAUGCUACCAGGGGGACUUUUAGUUCUUGGAGUAUUUAUCAUUACAACUUUGGAACUGGCACAUGAUUUUCAAAAUGCCCUGCGUAGACUAAUAUUUGCCAUGGAAAAGUCUAUGAAUAGAAAAAGAAUGUGGAAUUUCACAGAGGAGGAGAUCUCAGAACAAGUAAUACUUCACAUUUGCUCAUCUACAAAAAAAAAAAAUCUUGUUGAUAUUUUGGGUCAUGAUAUCCAUGACCCAAAGAGUUCAGCAAGACCAGCCAAUUGGAAGUAUCAAAGUGGACUGUCUACUUCAUGGCUUUCUCUAGAUUGUACCAUUCACAUUGAUAUUCACAUUCCACUUUCUUCUACUUCUGUCAGCUAGACUCUGGAAACAAAUACAAAGAAUGGACUUCCACACUGGGCCAAGCAAAUAGAAAAUGAUGUUUAUUUGAUUAAUGGACAAGUUAAAAAUGAAGAUUGUGAUCUAUUAGAAGGACAGAAAAAAUCUUUCAGAGGAAAUACUCAAGCAACUAGUCAUUCUUUUGAUGUGAGCGUGCUAACACAAUUGCUUCUGAAUUCAGACCACAGAUCUACAGCCACAGUUCCGAUCUGCAGUGGUUCUGUAAACCUUAAGGGUUCUGUGAAAUGCAGAGCUUAUAUUCACAGCAACAAACCCAAGGUUAAAGACGCUAUGCAGGCAGUGAAGAGAGAGAUAUUGAACACAGUUGCUGAUGGUUGUGAAAUACUAUUUGAGGACCUGCUUUUGAAUGAAAUCCCAGAAAAAAAAGAUUCUGAAAAAGAGUUCUACAUUCUCCCUCACCGAGUUUUUGUCCCCAUUCCUGGAUCCACUGUAAAGUUAUGUGAUUAUAAAUUUGGUGAUGAAUCAGCCGAAGAAAUCAGAGACCAUUUUAUAGAGAUGUUAGAUCAUAUGGUUCAAAUAGAAGAUUUGGAAAUUGCAGAGGAAGUCAACACAGCUUGUAUGAGCUCUAUGAAUAAUGAAGCUUCAUUGGAACACAAAGAUGAUAAACAACUAGAGCAACCAAUUGAAACUACAGUAAUGUUGAAAAUUCGGCAAAACAUAGGUGUGAUUGCAGCAUUUGCAGUUGCAGUUCUUGCUGCGGGUAUCUCUUUUCAUUACUUCAGUGAUUAGGGUGAGGCACAAAGAGCUUCCUGAUCAUCCAGAGAACACUGGUCAACAACUAUGAAUAAUAAAGAUAUA